AUGACCAAAAAUAUUAAACCUCAUAAACUUUCAUUUCCACCUUCAAUUACCGUUAGAGAAAUAGUCGAAAUUCAUUUGAAAAAAGGUCUUAGAAAAGUUAAUAAGACGUUAAAUGCCUUUCUUAUUUAUAGAAAAGUUUAUAUUCGCGAAGCUCCAAAAAAUUGUAUUGGAAAUAUCUCUAUGUUAGCAAGUAACUCAUGGAAAAAUGAACCAACAAAUGUUAAAAUAUUUUACAAACAAUUAGCAGAUGAUGUUAAGGCUGAGUUCAGAAAGAAAUACCCAAUUUAUUUUACAGAUCACAAUUUGCCGGUUAUCCCUCAGGGUUCCUUCCCAAUAAAUGAAAACGUGUCCGAUGAUGUCAAUAAUGUCCUUACAAGAUCACCCCAAACAGGUAUGGAUACAUUCGCGGAAUCACUCCAAAAAAGUAUGGGGAUGACUGAAGAUAAAUUUGUGAAAUCUCUUCCCCAUGACCUGGCGUUAACCUAUGAAGCGUUAAUGAAUUCCAUUCAUUUCUCUUGA